GGAGCGUGUCAGCGGUAUUACAGAAAAGUGCAUAUGCGUAAUUAUCCGCCAUGUUGGAUUGAGAAGUUGUAUCACGUCUUUAUAUAUCAGGAAAAGAGCUCAAUUUUGUCUGAAGUUUACAGAAUUUAGGGCUCUAAAAUGGAUCCUUUGGCGAGAGGAGUCCCUAUCAACUGUACAGCAGGAGCUGUUCCUGUGAAAAAUGAAAAAGGAGAAUUUACCAUGAAGAAAGUGAAAGUUAGCAGAUAUGUCGCUGGAAAACGUCCCGAAUACGCUAAGUAUUCUAGCGAUGAAGAGGAUGAAGACGACGCAGUAUUAGGAGAACCUUUCGUCAAAGAACGAGAGAUUGAUGAACAAGAAAUAGACAAGGUAUUUCAGAAAGCUGAAAAGACAGACAGGAGACUGAGGCGACUUCAAGAAAGAGUAAAAGAUGAAGAUAAUGAAGUGGAGGAAGGUCAUAGACGUCGCCCACAUGAACCAGAAGUGGUUGCUAUGGGGGACGAGGAAGCAUCAGGAGAAGAGGAUGACAGAGACCUCCGGAGAUUACCAAGAAUGGAAGAAAGCAGCGAUGAAGAAGAUUUAGAUGAAGAGGUUUGUACUAAAAUAAGUAGCAGAUGUAAUUUUUAACAUUUUUUAAUCGAA